GUUUUGCUUUGAGGGAACUAAAGACACAGCAGGGAUCGAUCCUUCCCAGAGUAAUUUGUCAUCCACAGACUGUCUGCGGUACGAAAAUCAAUCUUCAGCUAGGGACAAGUAUGUUUGACACCCAGCUAUGAAAUAAAAUGGAGGAAGAAGAUGUAAUGAAUACAAGACUUGCAAUCAAGGAAUCAUUGAAGAAACUUGAUGAAUACACAACUUACCUGAGAUCAAGGCUGACAGAUAUCAAGUCCACCCGUGAAGGCGUGAAUGAUAGUAUUAGCAAAGCACGUACAGUGGUUAAUGAGAGAUUUGAAGAAAUCAAGAAGGAAAUAGCCCAUGUGUUAGAAGCUCGCCAAAGAGGAAUUUUAAGUACUAUUGCUGAGAUUGAAAGGAAGGAUCUUGACCCUCUGACCACUUUGGAAGAAAGAAUCAAUGGAGAUUUAGAUAAAACUUUACAGUGUAUUGAAAAAGGUAAUUCUGCUCUUGAUGAGGAUGAUGCCACUCUCCUAAGUGAAGGAAAGAACUUGAAUAAUGAGCUGCAAAUUUCAUCUAUAAGGUAUCCUGACACACCAUGUAUAUCACAAACUCUUUCUGUAAUGUUCAGUGAGAGUCACACCCAGUCAGUUCUAGAGGCUGUCAAUUCUCUGGGAGAAAUGUCCAUGACUGGCACACUUCAAGUAACUGAACUGUCCGAGCAGCCUGGAGCCAUCCUUGUGCAGUGGUAUGAUGAGACAUUUUCAGACAGUGAAUCAAUCACAGAUUACAGUGGAGUUCAAGAAUACAUGCUACAGUGUUGUCGCACUGACAACAAAGGAAACAGCAACUCAGUGUUCAGUACAGUAUACUGUGGUGAAGAAUCAUCACAUUUAGUCACAGAUCUUGAGCCACAUGUGUCAUACACUUUCCGUGUCUGUGGAAGGUUUGGAAAUGAGGGGAAAUGGGGAUCAUGGAGUAUUCCUAGGAAUGGAAUCACAACACUUGACCAACAUGAAUGGUCUGCUGCAGAUUGCCUCAAUCAGAAUAAACUUGCUGUCUAUCAGCUGAGUAACAGACGGAAAACCGCAACUAAAGUGUUCCCUGACUGCUCCAAGGUUUUGCGAUCAAAGACAAUGAGUUACAGACUUGACACAGCAUUGGUUCUCAAGAUCGACGAGACUGGUGACUCCAGCAAUGGUGAUGGUAUUGGUCUAACAACUGGGUCAUUUGAUUUUAGCAAUGCUAGACAGGUUCUACAAUGCCCUGGUUCUGUUAGCAUCAAUUCUAAAGGUAUCGUAUAUGUCAAUGGAGUACCCAUGACAACAAGAUUGCCACCAUUCAAACGUGGCUCUGUAGUUGUAUUUGAAGCAAGUAGAGUCUCCAAAGAAAAGCUUCGAGUGUCAAUCACUAUGGAUGACAAGCUAGUGACAUUUGAUUGGCAGGUGGAUGACCCCUGUGAUGGAUUUUAUUUUGCAAUGGGUUUUCAACAUUCUGGUUGGCAAAUUUCAGUCUAAUGUUAAAUUUUUUUCCUUCAGAUAGCAUUUAAAGACCUAAUUAUAGGCUGAAAAUAUUUGAUUUUUAGAUAGAAAAGUCUAAAUUGAGUUUACCUGUUAAUUAUAAGCAUAAAAAUUAGAGCAAAAUUUAAUGGUAAGGUAGCUUUUUGCCAUGAUAAAUAAUUAGUGACCUCAAGCCUUGUACUUCUAAGUACGUGGGGAACAACAAGCAUCGUUUUGGAAGUUUUUCUUUAGUUGCCACACACUGAAUAGUAAUUGAAUAAUCAAAUGUGGUCACACAGUCAGAAGAAUAAUUUGUAAAAUGUCAGGUAAAGUCUGAAUGUAUAAGCUGAAAAGAUAUGACAAAGCUGUUGUCAGUACAUGCCCUAAUUUUUUCAGCAUCAAUUUUUUUGUUGUUGUUGUUUUUUCAUUUUUCAACUUGGCUAUCUUAACCUUUUCAGUGAAAUCUUAAUUUUUGCAAAGGAAUUUUUAUAACGUGUGUUUGAAUAUUUGUCACUAAGUUUGCCAGGUAUAAACGUUCUCUAUCCCCCCCAUUUUAAAAGCCAAAUUAUGUUGCAAGUUGUGGUAUCCAUUGUAGGCAAUUAUCCUGAAACUUAUGAGAAUCUUGAUUAAACUUAGGGUACAAGGAAACCUGCACUUCCCUUUCACAGCUUAUUUACUAAAUUGUUUGGUCAAUUGUUUCUUAAAUUUAAAAGAAACUCCUUCAAAACUUUUACAAUACUAUAGAACACAAAAUUUCUUUAUAAUAUAUUGAUGCAAUUUUUAAGAAAAAUGAUAUUAAUUAACUUUUAAUCUGCUCUGUUGAUGAACACUUU